GUGCAUCGUCGUGCUUCCAACACAAUCAAGCGGUCAGAGGCAAGCAGGCUCCAGCUCUUCUAAACCAGUCGCGCAUUCAACAUGGCGAGUGAUCUAAAAGAGAGCGCGCUCAACAGCGCACAUGAUUACUAUGAUCUCCUAGGCAUAUCUCCAGUGGCAGCCGAAUCAGAAAUCAGGCGCGCAGGGCGCAAGACUGCCUUGAAGUACCAUCCGGAUAAGGUGGGAAACGACCAAUCGGCUGUCGAGAAAUUUCACUUACUUCAAAUUGCGAUCGAAGUUCUCUCCGACGAGAACCUGCGACAGCUCUACGAUAACGCACGCCGCGCUCGCGAGGAGAAAAAAGCACGAGAUCAGGCAUAUGCAGGGCGACGGAGAGACUUAAAGGAAGACUUAGAACGGAGGGAACGCGAAGGCGUUGCUGGUCUCAAGCGCAAACACGAGGAGGAUCCGGAAGAGGAGGCAUUCCAACGUGAACUGAGGAGAUUAGCGGCUGAUGGCGCUCGGCGGCGGAAGGAGCGAGGUGAGCAGCUAUGGAGGGAGGCGCAGGCAGAAUACGAGCGAGAACAGGCGGAAAUGCACCCUACAACACCACCUACCAAAAGCGCUGGGCCACAAGAAAUUGACAGAACGAUCAAGCUGCGGUAUUUGGCAAGCGCCACUAGCGCUCCUUACAAAGAUGAGCUCACCGCGACAUGGAGUAAAUUCGGCGAAAUACAGGAUGUUGUCACGGUCACAAAGAAGGUCAAAGUGGAAGGCGAGAAGCACAGGAAGGAGUAUACGACAGCUUUGAUCGUGUACAAAAGUAUCGUCGCAGCGCAUGCAGCUGUUACCGACUUCCCGGAUCUGGCAAAGCAAGGCUCCCAUUGGUCGAUAUUCGAGAACGUCAACUGGGCCGGCGGGCAGGAGCCAGACUGUAUACCGAAGCCAAAGACAACCGCUCCUGCCUCCACUGCACCUGAUGUUACGCCUCAAAAGGACCCCACUACCCCUAAUCUUGAUUGCUUACGUAAUGAUGGGGGUCUGCGGAAGGUGCCCUCUUUCUCCAGUUUCAAAGGCACUCCAAAGGGAUCGAGUGUGAAGACGGGGUCAAGCGCUGGAAGUGGUCUGAGUUCAGAAGAAGCGACCAUGAUCCGCAUCAAAAAUGCGGAACGACGCAGACUGGCGGAGGAGCUUCGGAAGCAGGAGGAAGCACAAGACGCAGCAGAGAAGCAAGAAUUGAAAGAAUAGGGCAAUGCAUAAAUGCACAAAUGCGAAAAUGUAGGACCUGUCGCUCUGACUUUGCAGGCAUUACAGCACCGACGGAGGUCAAGAUGCCGCAACUUUCAAAUUCGCUGAGCUCUCGAGAGUUUGCUGACUUGGAAACUUCCGAUCAUGCAAGUUCAUGCGCAGCUGGCAGAAGUGUAGAAGCAGCAGAACAAUGGGGGUAUAUGAUUCAGAGACAAGGCAUAGCAGCUUAAAUCUACCACGUUCUGGGCACUACUAAGUUAACGAGAAUUCGAACGUUAUGGCCUGGAUUUACUUGACUGCCGGAGACACUUUAUUUUCAUGUCGUGUCCACGGACAUUUUUGAAGCCCAAAUACGAUGUUUACGCGUAGCGUUGGCCCCUU